AAUUCCCCCUGAUCUCUGAAGGAACAUCCUGGUUUUAAGAGAUAUUUUUAACCCUUUGAUUCUUGGAAAUGGCAGGAAUUCCUUCCAAAGCAGAUUUCAACAUCCAGAAAAAUACUGUUCUUUGUAGCAAAACAAACCAAUACUUAGUGGAAGAUAUUUUGGGGUGCGGAGGUUAUGGACAAGUGGUGAGUUGCAAAAAACUGGGCACUGAUGAGAUAGUGGCCAUAAAGGUAGUAAAGCAAAGUAAGUAUGCCUCAGGUAAGAAUGAAAUGAAAAUUUUAAAGGCACUCAGAGAAUUUAAGAGUGACAAAUCAAAUAUAGUGUGUUUUUUGGAACAUUUUGAUUACCAGAACCAGUUCUGCCUUGCUUUAGAAAGGCUGGAUAUAAAUCUGCAUGACUUCAUCAAAUGUAAGUAUUUUGUUCCUUUAGACGUCAACGAGAUCCGAGUUAUUGCUCAGCAAUUGCUUGUAGCUUUAAAUGUCCUUAAAAACAUAGGUGUGACACACAGAGAUAUAAAAUGUGACAACAUCAUGCUAGUUGACCAUGUGCUGCAGCCGUUGAGUGUCAAGUUGAUAGAUUUCGGUCUUUCUACCAGAACCUAUAAUUUAACGAAUUUAAGAUUCAAGCAGCCACUCUCUUACAGAUCCCCGGAUGUCAUCCUGGACCUUCCUUUGGAUGAAGCUAUAGAUAUGUGGGGUCUAGGAUGUGUUCUAUCUUUUCUAUACCUUGGUCGCCACCUGUUUCCCUCAGGCUCUGAAUACGAAACUUUAAGCGUGAUGAUUAAACUUUUAGGUCAGCCUCAUGAUACUUUGUUGACCUGUGCAUUUAGCACAGACACCUUUUUUAAGUGUGUCACGGGGGAAUUUACACACAGUUGGUUGCUGAAAACAGCAGAUGAAUAUGUUAAGGACUCCGGAGAGCAGAUUGUCCUACGUCGUGGAGUUUAUUCCGACUUGAACUCUCUGGAUGACUUGCAAAACAUGCGACCACAGGCAAAGGAUCCUUUUGAAAAGGCAGAUUUACUAUCUUUCAUUGAUCUUCUCAAAUACAUACUGGAUAUCAAUCCUUCAAGACGGAUCACUCCCAUUAAUGGAUUGAAUCAUGAAUUUAUCACCAUGAAACAUCUGUCUGGGGCCACCAACAGCCCUUAUGUGACCGCGUCAUACAAAAAGAUGGAAAAGCACCCGGAGACAGAACCUGAGGUGGGGGAGAGCACACCUCCAGGACCCAGUCAGUCACAAACAGCUGAGGAAAGCUUAGACUCAGGUAAAAAUAAAGCAGACAAACACUCACUUCCACCUGUUCCUAAUUCAGAUCCAGCCAUUAGGAUGCAGCGAAGAACCUAUUUUGGGAAGCAAACAUAAAGGUAAAGGUAGUAAAGGUGAAAGCAAAAACAAGCAACAUUGGCCAAGUCAGCUAGUGUGAGCUCCAAGGUCGGUGACCAACUGCAGAUCAGAGGUCACAAGCACAACCAGCCAGCAAGCAGGACCGUCGGCCAGUACAAGCAGAAAAACCUGGGCUCCUUUAAAGUAGGGCUCUUUGCAGUAAAUAGGAGGGGAGUUUGGGGAAAAAAUACAAAAAUAUCUUUUAAUUUUUUAAUUUUUCAGUUAAAAUGAAUUUUUAAAACAUGAAGCAGUCAGUCAGUCAAACGUUACAAACGUUACAGAACGUAUAGACGUUACAGAUGCUACAGACGUUACAAACCUUAUAGACUCAAAAAGCAGUGGCACUACAGAUGAAGAAGAGAUGAUCUUCAUCCUCACAAAAUGUGCAUCUGGGGCAUCAAAUUUAAAUCCUAACUUGAUAAAAACAUAAAAUUAGUAGAUGUCAUUAAAAGGUUUAAAGUGCCUUUCUUUUAACUUUUAGAAGAAGAUGGAACAAGAGAUAUUUUGUCCUAGUUUUAAAUCUGUACUAAAAUUCAUAAAAAUAUACUGCCGUUUAACUUGAGCAGGGUGCAAUCUCUUCUGUAAAACUGUCCUCAUGGAUUUAUUUGUAAUUUUUUAUCUGUAAACUCUGUUUUCUGUAUGCAGCUGACUCAGACCAGGGAGAGUUUUGGAGUGAACCAAAUCUUCUUUAAAUAUAGACUUAAGAAGUGUUGGAUUUGCUUUUAUCAGUUUGUUGUAAAUCAAGAACAGGAUUAAAUUUCUAACAGAAAUCAUUGAACAGUAGUACAUCACCAUUCAAUUCAAUUCAAAAAUACUUUACUAAUCCCGAAGGGAAAUUAAUGAAAUGAUCAUUUAAUUAAUUGUCAUUUAUAAAAUGUGAAAUAACCCAGAUUAAUUUCAAAUCUAAACAUUUUAGUUCAAAAAAUACAGCUUACCUAUGAAACAGACCAUGCCUGUAGAUUCAUGGUGGAGUAUUAUGUGGUGUGAAAUUGUUUCUUCAAAUCGAAAUCACAUUUCAGAAGAAAAUCCAUUCCAGCGACAGUUUGAAAGACAGGAUUAGGAAUUAAAAACCAGAAAGGCCAGUUUUAAGAUGCCAUUCAUUAAACUAAAAUCAGUUACACUACCACAACUUUCCUCACAGCGUUUAAACAUAUCUUGCUGUCUGAUGUAAUGACAUCUGUUCUUCUAUACAAAUUUAAGAUUGAUUUUGUUUAUGGUCUAAAUAAUGUAUGGCGGCGCCGACAGAGAGCAUGCUGGGUGAAUCAGCCUGGAUAAGCUAUCUGUUUUGGUUAGGAGGAUUCUUCUAAAGAUGGUGAUAUCUCAUUGCAGCCAUUUAAUUCACAGUUUUCCAUAUUGCUAAAGACUUUCUUUUCCUCAGAUAUUGCUUUAUCUUUAAAGACGAUUAUUGCUAAAUAUUUUACCUCUUUUCUCACUUUUAUAUUGUACAGUGGUUGCAAGGGAUAAUCAUGAAUUGAAAAGUUAGUGGUGUAUAGUUUGGAAAAAAAGUCAAAUAUUUCUCCUUCAACAAUUUUACUGUCAUUGUAUUCAUCAUCGUUGAUCAAUAAAGACAUUAUAGAGUUUCUUUGCUGUCUACUUUUUUCUUAGUAUGCAGAAUCGUUUUUUCCAGCAACAAUCCAUUUUCCUCUUGACCCGACAUAAACACCUUGUGCCCUUUGCAAAUAUAAAGCAUCUCAUUUAGCUUGUAGCUCCAUUAAUGUUUGACUAUUUGGAUGUGAAGAGUUACAAAUUUGAUAAAUUUCUCUGAAUAGAUCACAUUCAUACUGUUUUUUGUUCUUCCUAAGUUCUUUGCAGAAAUAUAUUGUAUCCAAUCUUAUUUAAUAUUUGAAAAAAUUCCCAUUUAUUUAUGUCAUCUGUAAUUUAGUGAUCGGUUUCCACAUCUUUGAAUAAUUUUUAAUCCUGUUGCAAUAUUCAUCAUUGUCUAAUACCGGGUGUAUCUUUAUCUUUAUUUUAGGUCCUAUUGUUAACCUUAUGAAGCAAUGAUCAGAUAGUGGUGCUUUAGAGAUUGCCAGUUUUGUGGCGUAUGUUAAAAGAACAUCCCUUAUUAACCAAUAAUCCAGUCUAGACCUACAGUGUCCAUUAGGUUUUAUCCAUGAAUAUUCAGUAAACCCUGGAUUAAAGGUUAGGUUAUUAUCUGUCAUAAAACUGUUUAUCAGGCCAUUGUAUUGUUGUCUGCCCAGUCUUGGAGGCCACCUACCCAACCAUUCAUUUGGAGUCAUAUUCAAGUCCCCCCCCACCAUAAGGACAUGAUCAGCACUGGGCCUGGAACCAUGUAUCACAGUCAUCACACUGGAUCACACUGGAAGUAUAAAACAAUAUAUAAUACAUGUUUAGACAGUAAUAUUAAUUUUUUGUUACACACUAGGGUGUUUACUUGGUACUCAAUUUUAUUCCCCAGAAGUGUAUGUCUACCUUAGCAGUACACAUUGACAUUGACGAAUCUCAACAUUAAUUUUGUACCACUGGGUCACAUGACCUGAAAGGUAUCAAAAAAUAAAAAAAAUCAGGAAUUUUGAUUUAAAAAUUCUUUAAAAAUAGAAAAUGCAUUAAAUCAGAAAAAAAUGAUGGUGUCUCAUCUGUAUAAUCUAAUAGAAUGAUUUAUUGUUAUCUUUGUGUCACUG